UGCUGAGUGGAUUGAAACCACCAACGUUUCAGUUAGUAAUCUAGUGCAAACUAUUUGCACCAUUCAAGGACCUCUAUAGUGGUUUGACCGCAGAUUUUCCUCUUGGUAGACCUUCUUUUGCAUUUCUUCUCAUGGCAUAUAAUGAAUGAUAUGCGGGUUCUUGUACAGAGCUAAGACUAUGUGUAUCUCCAAGUAAUUUGGAAGUAUUCUGUUAUCAUGAAUACUAUUUUAAAAAAAAGUUGUGGAUUCAGGUCCCAAAUUCGGUUCUUGGAAACUUAAUUCAAAACGAAUUUCUGGCGGAAAAUACAUUAUGAACUUCUUCUUUCUUCCUGAAUUAAAAUGUUUAGGCAUUUUGAUGGCCAUUCUCAUGUACUUACUAACUUUAGGGGCUUGUUUUUGUUUUGUAGGGUUGAUAACUAAUGCUUACAUAAGACAGAAAAGAAAGAUGUCAUUCCGUAAAGUGAACAUCAUCAUACUGGUCCUGGCUAUUGCUCUCUUCUUACUGGUUUUGCACCAUAACUUCCUUGGACUGAGCAGUUUGCUAAGGAACGAGGUUUCAGAUUCAGGAAUUGUGGGGCUUCAACCCAUAGACUUUAUCCCAAAUGCUCCCCGACAUGCAGUAGAUGGGAGUCAUGAGGAGAUUCCUGUGGUCAUUGCUGCAUCUGAAGACAGGCUCGGGGGGGCCAUUGCAGCCAUAAACAGCAUUCAGCAUCACACUCGCUCCAAUGUGAUUUUCUACAUUGUUACACUCAACGAUACAGUGGACCAUCUCCGGUCCUGGCUCAACAGUGGUUCACUGAAAAACAUCAGGUACAAAAUAGUGAAUUUUGACACUAAACUUUUGGAAGGGAAAGUAAAGGAGGAUCCUGACCAGGGGGAUUCUGUAAAACCAUUAAUCUUCGCAAGGUUCUACUUGCCAAUUCUGGUCCCCAGUGCGAAGAAGGCCAUAUAUAUGGAUGAUGAUGUAAUUGUGCAAGGUGAUAUCCUUGCCCUGUAUAAUACACCACUAAAGCCAGGACAUGCAGCUGCAUUUUCAGAAGAUUGUGAUUCCACCUCUACUAAAGUUGUCAUCCGUGGAGCAGGAAAUCAGUACAAUUACAUUGGAUACCUUGAUUAUAAAAAGGAAAGGAUUCGUAAACUUUCCAUGAAAGCCAGUACCUGCUCAUUUAAUCCUGGAGUUUUUGUUGCAAAUCUGACAGAAUGGAAACGACAGAAUAUAACAAACCAGCUGGAAAAAUGGAUGAAACUCAAUGUAGAAGAGGGAUUGUACAGCAGAACCCUGGCUGGCAGCAUCACAACACCUCCUCUGUUGAUAGUAUUUUACCAGCAGCACUCCACUAUUGAUCCUAUGUGGAAUGUCCGCCACCUUGGCUCCAGUGCUGGAAAACGAUAUUCACCUCAAUUUGUAAAGGCUGCCAAGUUACUCCACUGGAACGGGCACUUUAAGCCAUGGGGAAGAACUGCCUCAUAUAUUGAUGUUUGGGAAAAAUGGUAUAUUCCAGAUCCAACAGGCAAAUUCAGCCUAAUCCGAAGACAUGUGGAAAUCUCAAAUAUAAAUUAAAAUAGAAAUUUUAAACUGUAAGCAUUUCUCAGGAUAUCGUGGAAGACAGUAUGUGUGAGAAGUAACACAGCUGCUAGGCUUCAAUGCCCAUCUGUAGUAAGCCGUGGAGAAAAAGGGACAUCUCAGCUGGGUAAAGACAACCAACAAACUGCCUUGUAUAAGCCUGGCAUGUUUAUAGUCUGUUGUCUCCAUCUGCCUUACCAAGUGUUUUCUUACCAUGAUACUGAACGAACAAAGGUUCAUCUGGUACAGCUAGUUUAAAAUUGUUCUUUGGUUUUAUAAUUUUGUAACUUGUGGCCUGAUCCUAAAUAAAGUGAAACCUACGUUUUUUUCAAGAUGU